AUGAUUAAAUAUUACUGUUACAAUAUUGUGCCUCUACCAGGUCGUGAAGAAAUGCGUCGAUUUUUUUGGAAGUCUGUAGCGGAAAAAAACGAUAUAUAUAACAACCGUAGAGUAACACUGAAUGAACGAUUUUCUUUGAUUGAACGUGGUUUCAAGUUAUCUCCAAUAUUUUCCGAAGAGGAUCCCGAAUGUUGCACUUUUCAGGUAAGAGAGGUACUGCUGAAAGAAACUAGUAUGGCUAAAGAAAAACCAGUGCUCCGUGAACAUUUUGAAAAUAUAAAAUAA